GACGCUCCCCGUUGCCGCGGAGAUCGCGGCCGGGGCUCGGAGCGCGGGCGGCGGCGGCGGGGCGCCAUGCGGGCGGGCCGGGCUCUGCCGGGCGCCGCGGGCUGCGGCCGCCUCCUCGCGGCGGGGCUGCGGCCGCUGCUGGGAGGGCCGGGGCCGUGCUGGGCGACGGUGCGGCGGGCCGCGGGGCGGUGGCCGAGCCCGGGCCUGCGGGUGCCGCAGGCGGCCGAGGCGGAGCAGCUGGUCCUGCGGGCCGGCGGCCCCUGGGGCCGCUUCAUCGCCUGUCCGCAGCUGGCGCGCACCGUGCAGCGCUGCCUGCAGGCCGGCUCCGGCCCUCAGCCCGUCGUGCUGGAGUGCGCGCCCGGUCCUGGAGUCUUGACCCGGACUCUGCUCAAUGCAGGUGUCAGAGUGGUAGCUCUAGAAAGUCACCCAGCAUUCCUUUCAAAACUACAGUCCUUAGAGAAUAGCCUGGAUGGACAAUUAAAGGUAAUUUACGGUGAUUUCUUCAGACUGGAUCCUUUGGUUACUGGAGCAGUGAAACCACCUGCUGUGUGUUCUGACAAACUUUUUGAAGCCAUGGGUAUAGCAGCAGUUCCUUGGAGAGCAGAUGUACCUGUGAAAAUUUUUGGAAUCUUUCCACAAAGAAAGGAGAGGAACACACUUUGGAGGCUACUUUUUAUCCUGUAUGAAUGCAGUUCCAUAUACAGAUAUGGAAGAGUAGAACUCAACAUCUUUAUAAGUGAAAAAGAAUACAAGGUAUUAACAGCAAAGCCUGGGGAAUUAAGAAUUUACCAAGCACUUUCUGUGCUUUGGCAAGCGGGAUGUGACAUUCAGCUACUGCACAUGGAACCUUGGUCAUCGUUUCUAACUAAUAUGAAAAAUGGGCGACUGGCGAUUCCAAAGAGCACGAGGCUGCCAAAUGACCACUUAUGUUUGGUACGACUGACUCCCCAGCAAAACCUGUUUACAGGGGGCUUGAAGCCUGCUAAUUCAGCUACCUUUAUUUUCAUGGUGAAGCAGUGUCUUACUAAACCCAGGUCUAAACUUAUAGAUAGAUUAAAUUCAUGGAGCUUGGACAAUGCUGACAAAUUACUGAAAGCUCUAGAAAUUCCAGAAUACGUUGAAACGGGUAACGUCUACCCAGAAGACUACAAGCGUCUGUUUUGUGCUUUGCAAAACUCUAGCGUGUUCACUGAAAGCUGGUUCCAUGAUGAGGUCCUGGAAAGUAUAAGGAACAUAAACUUGUGAAUCUAAAGCUGCUGUCUUUUGGAAGAUCAUCGCUGCUUCUGGAAGAUUACUGUGAUAAGUAAUGAUUUGAAUAAAAUCAAGGUAUUAUAGAUGACUUCCUGUCCAAACAGGAAAAUAAACUUAACAAGUGAAAAGAGCCCUUCUAUAUGUAAUGAAACUAUGAGAUUUACAGUUAACUUGGUCACAAUCCUAUCCAGAAUGGUCAAACUUUGCAUCUUCUCCAGGACCACAUUGGUGACCUGCUGCUUUUGGAUGUGCCACUUAAACUGAACUUCGUACUAUGCUACUGUGUAUUUACAGCACUUGAAAAAAAUAACAGACCAAGUAGUGAUGUGUGUGGUUUGUAUUUUAGUGCCUGUCAUUGGAAUGCUCUUUCACAGAUUCCCAAAAUACACAGGUCUGUAUAACCACUGAAUCUCUUUUAUCGUCUGCUCUGAAAACCUUGCCGUCUAAAAUAAUAAAUCCUGAGUGGUGGGUUAAUAAAUGCAAGGUAAUGACAGCAUGAUAAAACAUCACCAGAGUUUUGAGUAAAAUUGUUAUAUGUAUGGUUGGAUAAAACAAAAUAGCACUUUUUUUUCUUCUGAAAACUUGAAAUGACUGAAGACUGGGCAGUCUGUUCUAGUUUACCGUGUGCAAGCACUUGUAUAAAGAUGGGCUUUAUCUUAUUUUUGGCCUGAAAUCCAGUUCACCGGUUCAUUCAGUGUUGUAUAAACAGUUGGGGAAAAGAAUUUUCUUAACUGCAACCUUCGCAAUAUAAAUUUGUUUCAUAUGUAUUAUGUGUAUAUAAAACCUUACUUUAAGAUGACAUGCUAUUAAAAUUGUCUUUUUAGCUA